AUGGGCGAGAAGCCAACAGCAGAGCGGCCACGAUACGUCUUCUUCUUCACAGGCGCCACAGCUUGUGGCAAGUCGACGAUCGCAAAAUAUGUGGCCGAUAACUUGAACCUGACCUUCCUCGAGGGCGACGACUUCCACCCCAAGGCCAAUGUCGUGAAGAUGCACCACGGCGAGGCCCUCACCGACGAGGACCGCCAGGGCUGGCUCGAGGCACUCCGCGACCACGAGACAGCGCACCCCCCAGGGGCGACGUCGCGGCACCUCGUCAUGACAUGCUCGGCGCUGAAGCGGCACUACCGCGACAUCCUGCGCGAGGGUUCGGAGCAGGCUCGGAACCUGCGAGUCCGGUUCAUUUAUCUCGACGCCCCCGAGGAGGUCCUCACGAGGCGGGCCGCGGCCCGUCAGGGGCACUUCGCGGGGAGCAACCUGGUGCAUUCCCAGUUUGAGAGCCUGGAGCCUCCGGAGCUGGAUGAGGGGGAUGUAUUGACCCUCAACGUUGACCGGCCCGUCGAGGAGGUUGAGAAAGAUGCGCUGGAGCACGUGAGGGAUGUAUUAACCGCUUGA